CAACGUCAAUUUUGACCUUGGCAGCCCAGAAGCAAGGUCAAUUUUGCUUUUAGCGAACAAGACACAGACGCUGCUGUUGUUCGCUGCUGUGUUGUCGCAGUGAGUGCUGUAGGCGAGCGUGCUGCUGUCGCAUCACAUCACAAACAGCGUUCGAGAUGAAAGCGCUAGCAGCCGUGGCAGUGGCUGUGCUGGUUGCGGUUGCAGUCGUGUCCAGGCCUGUUGCUGCAGACAAAGCUGUGACCAAUCUCAAUGACAAGAACUUCAACGAGUUUGUCAAUGAGUAUGAGGUGGUGCUGGUGAACUUCUACGCCAACUGGUGUCGAUUCAGUCAGAUGUUGAAACCCAUUUAUGAGCAAGCGGCGUUGCUUCUCGGGGACAGCGUAAACGCACGCCUCGGUUCCGUCGACUGCGAAUCUCCUGAUGCGCAACAGCAAAAGACGCUGAACGCCAUUUCCAAGUAUCCGACCAUCAAAGUGUACCGCAAUGGCCGCCCGCUCCGCCAAGAGUAUCGCGGCCAGCGAUCUGCUGUUGCCAUUGAGAAGUUUGUUCGGGAACUGCUUGCACCACCUGUCACCCAGGCAACAUCCGAGGACGACAUCAAGAAGUUUGUGGAGAAACACCACAAGGCCGUUGUUGGCUACUUUCCCGCCAAAGACGCGGCCUCGUAUCCUUCCUUUGAGCAGCUUGCUCAGCUUCUGCGUGACGACUGUCACUUUAUCGCCAAGCUCGGGGAGCAGCCGCGUCUGGUCAUGAAAACGAAGGCGGACGAGCACGCGUUUGAGGGCGACAUGACGGACGGGGAUCAGCUGCUGCAGUGGGCGAAGGACGAGUGCACGCCGCUUGUGCGUGAGAUCACGUUCCAAAACGGCGAGGAGCUGACGGAGGAGGGACUGCCAUUCAUCAUCCUAUUCUACGACCCAAACAACAUGCACGCUGUGCAGCAGUUUUCGCGGGUGGUGCGUGCGCACUUUGAGGAGUACCGCGGACGCAUUAACUUCAUCACUGCAGACGGACACAAGUUCACGCAUCCGUUGCAGCACCUCGGCAAGACGAAGAAAGACCUCCCUGUGCUAGCAGCAGACACGUUCAGGCACAUGUACCUCUUCAAGAAUUUCAAGCGGAUCCAUCAAGUUGAGGUGUUCAAGAAGUUUAUCGACGAUGUUCUCACUGGGCGGCUGCACUACGAGCUGCACAACCCGUCACAGAAGACGACACCGGACCCGUACGCGGACAAAUACGACGACUACGCUGACGAGGAGGAGCCUGGCAACUACCUGGCGGCAGGCAAGAAGGAGACAAUCAAGGAGAAGGUCGCAGAGGCGGAGGAGCUCAAGCGUGCGCGUCGUGCAGCCCCCACUGCAGCUGGCGGCGACGGCGGUGAGCGGGAGGCGGCUGCCGAGCCCGAGGAGGGUGGCGAUGAGGACCACCGGCCCGUCGCUGUCAAGAGCGUCAUGGGACGACUCCGCCCGAGCGACAACCGUUACUCCAUCCUCAAGCACCGUGACGAGCUCUAG